AUGGUCCAAGCAGGAGAGACUUGGGAUGGUGGCAAAGCAGACAGAGUCAAGACAUAUUUUGGAGAUCCGCCCUGGUGCCAGGUCUCGAGUUCGGGGACGGCCCCGGGCGCUGAGGUAACCCUGGCCGGGCGGGCCCAACCCAGCUCCCACCUGAGCCCCCGCGUCCCGCCCCUCCAAGGCCUCCGGGGAGACGCGCAGUCUGCUGCCUCAGCCCCGCCGCCACCGCAGCGCCCACAGCGGCCGCGAAGCCCGCCACUGCCGCCGUGGCCGCCUCAGCCCAGCCGCCCAGCGUCGUCCCAAUCGGCCUCUCACCUGCGGCCCCUCAGCAGCGCCGGCCUACCCCGACCCCUCAGCGGACCGGAAGUGGGCCGCGGACGCUGUCAGACAGGAGGAAAAGUGAGAAGACGAACUCAGCUGUCAUCACAUCCCUAUAAGAAACUCUCAAGAUACCUUUUGGAGAGAAAUGUAAUAAGAAACUAA